AUGUCGCAAGUAGCCGCGGCAAUGCCAACCUACCUUAGGGGACCGGGUCCAUAUGACCCGGCGAAUACCCCGUGGUCCUCGUACGUAAGUCUGAUAAAGACUCACUUGGACCAGGCCAAGGUGACGGACGAUGCUGAAAAGAGAUAUUUUCUCUUACAGCAAAUAGGAGCAAAGGCGUAUCAUCAGCUCAUCGUCGCGUUAAAUGGCCAAGAAGUGACAUCAAAGUCAUUUCGCGACCUUUGCACCAUAUUGGCGGAUCUUUAUGAUCCACCAGCAAUGGUCGCGCCAAUAAGGCAUAAGAUUUUCUCAUUGAGACAAAAGGCCGGCCAAUCUACCGAUGACUUUGUCAUGGAGAUAAUGGCGCUCUCAAUGAAAGCCCAGUUGGACAACAUAACGAACACCAGAGAGUUCGUUCAGGUUCAGGCUAUUAUCGCAGGCAUAAGGGACGAUAAAACUAGGGCGAGACUCCUAGAAGAGGAGAGUCCAUCUUUGGAUAGAAUCAGAACUCUGAUUCGAACCUCAGAACAGUCUAGAUCGGCGGCGCUAGCAAUGAAGGCAGAGGCCGAAAGUGUGGUAGCACAAGUAGAUCGGAGACGUCCGGUCAAGAAUCCGCGAUUCCCCAGAGGGCAAGUACGCCCCGAGCAAACGCAACGUUGCUAUAAGUGUGGUUCACAAGAACAUCUGAUCAGAAAUUGUCCCAAAAUGAAGGGAAGAUACCAUCCUCCGCAAAGGGGAAAACAGAGAUCGUAUCGAAAUGUCCGCCAAGUCCAUGUAGACGACCAGGGCGAGGAUUACGAUGGAUAG